GUGUCCCACGUAAACAGUGUACCAAGAUGAAGCAAUGAAGCAGAAUAAAAGCAUGGAAAUCGAAUACCAGUUAAGUGCCAUAAACAAUGUAUCAAAAUGUAUUUAAGAAACAUCCGUGAACGCAUCUGUGAAAGAUAUGUCAAGAUAUGACUCAUAGCUGAUACUUCACUUAAUCUCAAAUCAAUGAUUGAAAGUGUUUUUUAAAAUAUGUACGAUGUCAAAAUACGAAGUUACGUGACAGAUCCGACAAAUACGAUACUUCUUGAAACAUAUUUACUACAUUCGACCUAAUUCCGUGGUCAAUCUCAACAUUCAUCAUCAUUUGGUGUAGGUCGAAUUAUUGGUAUAUCCGACUCUCGUUUGUGCUAUUGUCAACGCAGUACGGCAGUACCAUAACAUUGUUCAUCGAUAAAUCCUUCAUAGGCUUUUCGUAAUUUCGUAUAAUCUGAGCAGAUACGCAGAAACGAAGGCAUUGAUGCAUUACGACGCAUUCCUGUGCUGGUUACAUGCACGCAAUUACAUGCGAUUCCGAAAUGCAUCGUCCGGUUUCAUCGCGGGUGGUAAUGGAGAGAGAACCAUGCGUUUUCAUUACCUCUCUGUACCACGGGAUCAUAGCAACAUUUCCGGAUAGCAUCCUAGUGUAUAACGCUCCGAGAGAGUGCAACCCCGUGACCCCAAUAUUCCGACAUAAAUUAAAUCGUUAAAUCUUACGACCACUCAUCAAAUAUGGAAAAGUGGAUUUUCACUUUUGCACAUUUCUCACGUGUAAGCCGGUAGCAACUUUAUUGUUUAUCGCGCGAGACAUUGACAAAAGAUUCUCAUCCAUUAAGAGUAAUCGAGUAUACAACGCUAUGUACCAAAUCUUUGCAAGUCUCUCGUCUCGUUGGGGUGCAAUUCUUUCACGUAAAUAGACAACUUUUCGUUACACAUUUUCAUAUAAAAAGUAAGAUAGAGAAAUCGAAUAGAUAAAUGCUCAUAAUCGAUUACUUUUACUAGUACCAAGUUGGUAUGAGCGUGGUGAGAAAGAGGAAGAGAGAGAACCGUAUCCAUGCGACACGUAUCCAUUUAGCCGCGCUCGGCUUACUACGAAAGAAACUUUUAUUUCGGAAAGCAUCUCUUCACUGGUUCGCACUCCCGAGUAUGUUUGUCAAUUUACCGGUGUACCACGUAGUUCUGCACCACGGCAGUAAACAGCCGGACAGGUGCAGCGAAAUUGAAGUUUUAUAGACGUUGGUAUUACAGUGGAGCAGCAACAACGUUGUCCAGCAACGUUGUCGGAGCAAAUGUUUCGAAUAAAAUUGGUGGAUGUCCUUAUAUCUCGCGACCCCGUCUUCGUGGUAGGGACGAAGGAAAAAGUGCUCUUAUUUAUGGAUACAAAUAGACACGAGAGAGAGACAAGCUGCGUGGACGCGGCUCGAACAAAGGCUACUGAAAUCCACGCACCCCCUCGGACAGAUAUCGAGUGGCAUUAAUGGCAUCUUGGCAAUGACACAAUGAUAGGAGCGGAUGCUAGAGACGAGUCCUCAGUGUACGACAAUGGCUCGUGCGAGACGUGUCCUGGGAAGGAUGAAGCUCCUUAUUCUUUGUGUAAUGGUCGACGGUUUGUUGGCGGAAGACCCGGGACAAGUAUUGUCGAUUGCUCAAUGGAAGGAGCAAGUUGUGGCUCCGGAGUUUCUGCUGGAUGAUCGCGAGGAUAUUUCGGGCAGCCGAAAUUCCUUCUUCUACGAGGACAAACGCAGCUUUCGUCCUGAGGGAAUCGGCGAGCAGACUAAACGAGUCACCGGCGCGGACGACGUUGACCUGCAGCAGCCGCGUCUCGCAACGAGAUCUUUGCAAUGCACCUGCGAGACGCAGUACGAAAUAAGAGAUCUGGGCGAGGGACAUUAUCCAAGAUAUCUAACUGCAUCGCGUUGCAAACCGAAAGCCUGCCAGAGCAAGUUCAAUUCCUGUCGACUGCUGUAUUACAUGGUUCACAUAUUGAGCCAACGCGAUCUGAAUGGGUUAAGCGAAGACCGUUUCUCGGACGAUAGCGCACUUCCGGAAACCCCACUUCCGGAAGCUCUUCGUCAUAAGUGGCAACUGAAACCAAUGAAGAUCCCAGUUGCAUGUGUGCCGGCAACACGAUAAAACAAUAAUAUACAACCAUGACAGACAUGUUAGAGAAGGCAGAAGUCAGCGAGCGAGAUUCGUCGAUUGCGUUAAAGAUCGAUAAUUAUUUCACGAAUAAAUGCGUGCAUGUUGAAUGUUAAGCUUUCGCUUGCGAUAUAUACGGCAAAAUAUAAAAUGUAAACUCGAUGAAUAAAUGAAAUUAAAAUUGAAAUUGAAAU